GGUGUUGCUAGUCGUUUCUGGUUGUUAGUCUUAGUUUAUUGCUUGUUGUUGUGCUUGCGGUGUCGGCGGAACCGACUAAAGAAGAACCGUGUGCGUUUCUUAUGUUACCGUCGGCUGCAUCCCGAGCCACGAGUAGUCAUUAUUAAGGGUUGAACGUCGUCCCGCCACAGUGGUCGCUCGGUGUUUUAGUUACCGUAGAUUAGAGCUAUGGAGCAGUCCGUCAGCGAGCUGACCAACUUGCUCCGGAGAUGGGAAGAAGAAAUGCCGACCCCUAACUACAACCCUAUACCGACGUUGAUCAAAUUAUGUGAAUUAUUUGAAGCAGAAUCAAAAAAUUAUCUUAAAAAAGAUCCAGAUCCUUUUGAUGAUCGUCAUCCAUCUCGAAUAGAUCCUACCUGUGUAUUGGGUCAGAUGUAUAAGAUUCUGUUUCGCAAAGAUUCUCUAAUGAAUAAGUUAGUAAUGGAUUAUUUAAAAGAACAUCAUUGGCCAAGACGGACUAAGGAUAACCACGAUUUAAAUGUUGCUGCAUGCAGGCUUAUAAUGAACCUCAUACCCGGUUUAGAAACUACUGUUGUUUUUGAAAGUCCUGCAAAUGAUCAACUUAUUCAAAGGCUUUUCACUUGGGCAGAAAAUAAUAAUGAACCAUUGCAAACUUAUGCAACAGGAUUAUUGGCAUCUUGUAUGGAGUUGACAGAUAUUGCUGCUAAUUUCAAAGAAGAUAAUAAUAAGCUCGUGCCAAUUAUAUUGGAUCGUCUACAUUCAUAUUAUACUCAGUUUUGUGAAGAAAAUGAAAUCAAUCAAUGCACACAGCCAUGUAAAAAUGUCAGUAGUGAUCAGCUCAGUGAAGAUGUAGGUGCUCCAUCUCCAAAAAAAAAAAAAAGAGAAGAAAAUGGUAUUUGUAGUGAUAGUAAUUCAUCUUCUACUGAGUCUAAUGCAAGCAACUGGAUACAAAUCUAUCCACCCACUUUGACAACUAAAUUAGUUUACUGUCUCAAAUAUUUAGUACCAACUGGGGAAUAUCAAGAAUUUUUAAGCCAUGCUUAUGAGAAAAAUGCACUCAACUUAGUUAUGAAAAUAAUCAAUUCUUCAGAAAAACAAAAUGGUUAUUUAACAUUUGAAGCAUUAAAAUACUUGGCUGCACUAUUAUGCCAUAAAAAAUUUGCUACCGAAUUUAUUGGUUCACAAGGAUUACAAAAAUUACUUCUAAUUCCCAAACCUAGUAUUCCAUCCACCGGUGUUUCAAUUUGCUUUUAUUAUUUGUCAUAUUGCGAGGAAGCAAUGGAAAGGAUUUGUCUUUUACCCGAACAUGUCCUUGUUGAUCUUGUAAAGUAUGCACUUUGGAUGUUGGAAUGUUCUCAUGAUUCUAGUAGAUGUCACGCAACUAUGUUCUUCAGUUAUAGUUUUCAUUUUAGAGUUAUUCAAGAAAUAUUUGAUAACCAUGAUGGACUACGUAAGCUGGUUAAUGUGGUUAGUACAUUGCCUAUUCUUUCAUCUGAAGAUCCAGCAUAUAGUUCAUUAACUGAAGAUGCUGAAUGUUCUGCAAGACAAAUUAUUCGUCAUGUCUGUGCUGGUUUGAAACAUUAUUUUGAAGCACAUUUACAUAUAAAAGCUCAGCAAAUACGUAGAGCAAAAAUGAGAGAUUCUGGUCUGUUAAUUUCAUCAACAAUGGUUCAUAAUUUUUUCACAGUACCUGGUUAUAAAUCUACAAAAAAAUCUCGAGCUGAAGUCCAAGAAGAAAUAGAGCUAUUAUCAAAUGCUGUGUCCCUGAAGAGCCAUUGGACACCGAUUGAUCAAUUGCUUAAAUUGGGUGGCUUAGGUUUAUUAUUGCAAAUCAUCAGUUUGGCCCAUGAAUGGAAUUUUUCCGGAAGGCACGAAUGUGAAAUGAUUAAAAAUGCUCUAGAAGUAUUAAACAUAUGUGCUGUACUACCAAAAGUUCAAUUGGCAUUAUGUGAAGUACCAUCGCCUAAAAUUCCUGUAGAUAAUCAAAAUGACACCUCUACAAACGAAGAAGACCCACAAGCUGAAAACGACAAUGUUGGAUUAAAUAUUAUUAUAAAAGCAGCAGAAGGUGAUCUUUUGGACGCUGAUAUUCAAAAAGCCGCACUCUCUGUCAUUAUAACUUGUGUUUGUGCACCAAUACAUAGGGAAAGUGGAAGUAUAGCAUACUAUUCAUCAUAUGGAUCAGCUAAAAAACGAACACCUAAGACUUAUGAUGAUGCUGUGAUAGAAAAAAUUUGGGAUUGUAUCAGAAAUAAUAAUGGAAUCAUGGUUUUACUUACUUUAAUGACUAUUAAAACACCAAUUACGGAUGUUGACGCUAUACGAGGAUUAGCAAGUCGUGCUUUAGCUGGAUUGGCUCGCAGUGAAUCAGUUCGACAAAUUAUUAGCAAAUUACCUUUAUUUACUAGUGGCCAAUUACAAAGUUUGAUGAAAAAUCCUGUGUUGCAAGAAAAACGUCAAGAACAUGUAACAUUUCAAAAAUAUGCUCUAGAGUUAAUAGAAUUAGUUUCAGGGAAAAAAAAAAGUAAUGGAGCUGAAAUAGAAGCAUCAUUGGCAAAUAUAAAUCGAGCAAAUGUUGUUGCACAAACUAAAAUUCAUUUCAAUGAACAACAAUUGCUCCUUUUAAUGCAUCAACAUUUAGUGGCAAAAGGUUUGUCCACAACUGCAGAAUCAUUAGUUCAAGAGGCUAAUCUUAAUAUAGCUGAGAAAAAGUCUAUACCAUUUACAUAUAUUUCCCAUUGCCGUAAUCGGUCAAUUGGAGGAGGAAUAUCCCCAAUAAGUUCUAGACACUCGAUUCAGAACCAAAAAUCUGAGUUAGCCAAUUCGUCAAAUGGUCCUUUAGGUGCUGGAUUUAGUGCCAGAAUAAAUUCAACCCCAAUACGUUUGAAUGUCAAUAGACGAUUAGAAAAUCGUCCAAAACCAGAGCCAGAGCUAGAACUUGUGUCACCUAUGUCUAAGUCAGUUCAUAAAAAAAUUGACCAAGAUUUAACAUUACCUACUGAUAAUAAUACUAACUCAAAAGUUAGUUUAGAAUCUAUUGUUACAGAAUACUUAACCAAUCAACAUGCUUCAUGCAAGCAUCCUAUGGUUACAUGUCCUCAAUUCAACUUAUUUGUUCCACACAAAUGUCCUGAUCCUAAGCCAAGGAGCUCAAUGUGUACAAACUUUGCUAUGCGAUAUUCCAAAAACAUACAUUCUAGAAAACUAGACCAAAGACUCAUACACAGUCGUUUUUGUCCAACUCGCAAUUUCCACAUGGAUGAUGAGGAAGCAUACUUCACUUGUUGUGAAUUUUUGAGCCAAAAUCGUGUUGCUAUUGGGACAUACAACGGUGAAAUUAAAGUAUUCAAUUUAUUUACUUCUCAAGAAGAAUUAUCAUUAUCAGCCCACGAUUCAUAUAUUAUAGACUUACAGUGCAGUAAUAAUGAAAAGCUGUUGUUAUCAUCUGCUUCUUGGCGAUCUCCUUUGACAUCUCUUUGGUCUAUAACUGAAAAUGAAAUCAAUAUUAAAUAUUCUUUGGACCAUGAAGAAUACUGCACUUUUAGCAAUUAUGACCAAAGCAAAAUACUUGGAACUAAAGCUGAAAUAGCAACAAUAUAUGAUUUAGAAACCAGUAAAAGAAUAAUAUCAUUAGUUCCAAGACAUUCUAAUCAGUACAGUAGAAAUCGAGCAACAUUUGAUGCUACAAAUGAAUUAGUGUUAUCAGAUGGUGUAUUAUGGGAUGCCAACGCUGGAAAAGAAAUCCACAAGUUUGAUAAAUUAAAUCAAUGUGUGAGUGGAAUUUUCCAUCCAAAUGGACUUGAGAUUAUAUCAAAUACAGAAGUCUGGGAUAUGCGCACAUUCCAGUUGUUGCGUACAGUGUCAAGUCUUGAUCAAUGUGAUGUGACAUUCUCUAAAUCAGGAGAAGGAAUGUAUUUGUAUGUGAUUGAUCAAGAAAUUGAAAAUGAUUCCUCUUACCAAACUUCAUUUAAAACUUUAGAUCCUAAUGACUACUCAAAUAUAGCUACUAUUGAUGUUAAAAAAUUCAUAUAUCAUAUGGCUUGCAAUAGUUCUGAUACUCAGAUAGCUAUUGUUGAAAAUCAAGGAAUGUUUGAAAAUAUCGAUGAGUCAAUUGUACGAAUAUAUGAUGUUGGUAGAUCUAGAAACGAAGAUGAAGCUGUUGAAGAAGAAGACGAUGAAGAAGUUGAUUCUGAAGGUUCAGGGUCAGAAGAUGAAGACAUGUCUUUGUUUCCAUCAUAUUUGGAAGAAAUGAUAGCUGGAGGGAUGGCAGCAGGUGGGAUGAAUGAUCAUUUUUCAAGUGGUAGCAGUAGCAGCAGCAGCUUUGAGAGUGGUGGAAGUUCUCCUGGGUCACUUACUCCAUUAUCUGAUUCAAGUUAUGAUGCUGGCGAAAAUUCAGACCCAGAAAACGUAGGUGCUUGAUUAUUAUUAAAUGUAAUAUAUUUUUAUUGUUUUAAUUUAAAGAGUGAUAUAAUAUGUAAUAAGAAAUUACUUCUGAAAUACAUAAAAUUUACAAUUACCAAAUUAUUAUGCUGUUCAGUUUUAUAUUUCUGUGAUUGAAAAUAAUGUUUUCUAUUAUAUGUGUUAUUGUACUAUUAUGUUUGUAUGUAUGAUAAUAUGAUAAAAUAGUUGUAAAAGAACUUUUUGAAGACUUACUGAACGCUUAUUGGGAGUAAUAUUCUAUAGUUUGUUGUUGACAAUACAAUUUGUGUACAUAAAUGUCAAUUAUACCGUAAUAUAUCAUUAUUUCAUAAUA